AUGUCCGAGACCGUGACCGGCCCCGAGUACGCCUCGUUUUUCGCCGUCAUGGGCGCCUCGUGCGCCAUGGUCUUUAGCGCCCUGGGUGCCGCCUAUGGCACAGCCAAGAGCGGCACAGGCAUCGCCGCCAUGUCUGUCAUGCGGCCAGAGCUGAUCAUGAAGUCCAUCAUCCCCGUGGUCAUGGCCGGCAUCAUCGCCAUCUACGGACUGGUGGUGGCUGUCCUCAUCGCCAACUCCCUGAAUGACAACAUCACCCUCUACAAGAGCUUCCUUCAGCUGGGCGCCGGCCUGAGUGUGGGCCUGAGUGGGCUGGCGGCCGGCUUUGCCAUUGGCAUCGUGGGGGACGCCGGCGUGCGGGGCACCGCCCAGCAGCCCAGGCUUUUCGUCGGCAUGAUUCUGAUCCUCAUCUUCGCCGAGGUGCUGGGCCUCUAUGGCCUCAUCGUGGCCCUCAUCCUCUCCACAAAGUAG